AGUUAAAUUUUUAAGUAUCUGACCUAUCCCAUCUUUGUUAGCAGCAGCACUAAGUAGAGCUCAACUAUUCUUUGCUUCCGCCAUCGUUCUUCGCCCUUUCACCGAAUAAAAUCACGAUUUCUUUCCAUUCCUUUGAUUUAAUCGGUGAAUCCCUCUUUUCCUCCGAUUAGAUCUCUUCUUACCUCUAACCCUAAAAUCUACACCGAUCAAACCUUCGAAGCCUAGGGUUCUUGAGUAGAUUUGUUUUCUUCCGUUCGUUUCUUCAGCUCGAUCAAGUCCAGAUUUCAUGUUUCUCGCUGAUGUGCCUCGAGCCGCCGUGUAUCAGAAGCUCCACGGAAUUUUGCAUUUUCCUCCAAAAAUGGCUUCUCAAAAUCCAGCGGAAGAAGAAAACUCAAAGCAAAAUUGGUCCCUCCAAGACUUCGAGAUCGGUAAACCUCUCGGCAGGGGCAAAUUUGGUAGAGUUUAUGUUGCCAGAGAAGUCAAGAGUAAUUUUGUUGUGGCGUUGAAGAUUAUAUUUAAGGAACAAAUUGAUAAGUAUAAAAUUCAUCACCAACUAAGGAGAGAGAUGGAGAUACAGACCAGUCUUCGGCACCCUAAUAUCCUGCGUCUUUAUGGUUGGUUUCAUGACACUGACCGUAUUUUCUUGAUUCUAGAGUAUGCUCAUAAAGGUGAGGUCUACAAAGAGAUGAGAAAGAAGGGUCACUUUACAGAGAAACAAGCUGCUACGUAUAUUUUGAGCCUUACAAAGGCGUUGGCUUAUUGCCACGAGAAGCAUGUUAUUCAUAGGGAUAUCAAGCCUGAAAAUUUGUUGCUGGAUCACGAGGGUCGUCUUAAAAUUGGAGACUUUGGUUGGUCUGUUCAGUCUAAAAGCAAAAGACAUACCAUGUGUGGCACAUUGGAUUAUUUAGCACCAGAAAUGGUUGAAAAUAAAGCUCAUGACUAUGCUGUUGAUAACUGGACUCUUGGUAUCCUUUGUUAUGAGUUCCUCUUUGGUGCCCCUCCAUUUGAGGCUGAGAGUCAAGCUGAUACCUUCAAAAGGAUAAUGAAGGUUGACCUAAGCUUCCCUUCCAACCCUUCUGUUUCUUUAGAUGCCAAAAGUCUGAUUAGCCGGCUUCUGGUGAAGGACUCCUCACGAAGGCUCUCUCUUCAGAAGAUAAUGGAACAUCCUUGGAUAGUCAAGAAUGCAGAUUUUUCGGGUAUUUGCUUGUAAUACCGACUUAAUUACUCAUUUAACUGGGAACGAGGGAUUAAAACUGAAUUCUGUAUGUGAUGUAAAAUGCAAGCAAUGUGAGUGUUUUGUAGUGUACUAUCAUCAGCUUGAAUGACUCAUUAUCUUCGCCGUGAGGUUAGGAGCAUUAGGAUUGUGUAUAUGCUGAUCUAAACCAGGCAUGACGAAGAUUUAUUUUUGCAUGCUCAAUACUGAAUGUCACCCCUCAGAUUUAACGAUUUCUCUUUGAUGAGUUAGUCCUAUGUUGAAAUUUGGAUAAUUAAUAUUGAUAUUUUGUCUUUCUUUUU